CAAGCGGCAAGCCGUGGGAUCGUCAGAAUCGAGGGCUGUGAGCGGUUGGCGUUGGCGAGUCGCGACAGCAUGUCUCGUCUGAAUCAAGGAAUCUCCCGGCCAAAACUGGCAGACUCAGCUCUAUCAGUAUUCCGCUCGCGUCUCUCCCCCUCCUCACUUCCCUGGCGAGUCCUAGGCUCUGGAACAUUAAACGACUAAAACCAGGAAUCUAUAAGAGUGUCGCAACCAACAAGCGGAAAACCUGGUUCUUUUCUCCCAGUCUUAACUGUUCUCUUGCCACCCAAUUAACACACAAUUUCUUUGAUCCCUUCAUUAUUGCCCACCCUCCAGGCGCCAGACGGACAUAGACUUCAAAAUGGCAGGAUACGACGUCAACGGCAAAGUCGCCCUCGUUACCGGUGCAGGGUCUGGCAUGUGUCUUAGCUUGACCCAGGAGCUCCUGAAGGCAGGCUGCUCAGUGAUGAUCGGCGACCUCACACUCCGUCCCGAAGCCGAAGCAACAGCCGCCCAGCACCCACACCCGCCCCGCAAAGCCGGCAACCCCUCAGUAGCCUUCCACAAGACCGACGUGACGGACUGGUCGCAGCUGACCUCCCUCUGGGAGACGGCCCUCAAGACCUUCGGCCGCGUCGACAUCCUCGUCAACGGCGCCGGCAUCUUCGAGCCCCCCUGGACCGCCUUCUGGAACCCGCCCGGCGUAUCGCCCGAGGCCAAGGACCCGGCUGAUGCCUCGGUCGGCGCUUACCAGAUCUUCUCCGUCAACACCAUCGCGCCUAUCCGCCUCGCCCAGAUCGCUAUUGACUACUGGCUGCAGAACCGGGAGGUCAAGGGCAACUUGUUGUGGGUGUCCAGUGUGGGUGGAUAUCUACACUCCAUCCAAACGCCGUUGUACUUUGCCAGCAAAGCGGCCAUUCUCAGUGUUGCCAAGUCGCUCCAGGGCUUGAAACAGCUGGUGGGCAUUCGGAACUCGGUGAUUUGUCCGGGGCCAGCCAGAACCCCCCUAUUCGACCAAGAGUUCUGCCGCGACCGCCUAGGCCAAGACGACCUCGCCCUAUCCUCCGAGGACCUCGCCGUCGUCAUGAUGCAGCUCCUCACCGAGGCGAAAUACGGCAACGGCACCGUCCUGGAGGUUCUGAUGGCGGGCAGCAAGGAGGGGCCGAAGAUCCACCAGAGGGAGGUCCAGCUCGAGGCGCUGUACCCGACCGUCAACCCCCUGGAAGGUGGCAGCAAGGUCAUGGAGGAGGAGCGAAAGUUCAUGGGGCUUAUCGCUGAGAAGGGAAUGCGGUCCACGUGUUAAGCGUGUUGUUGUCCCCGUCAAACCUUGCUCGCGUGGGUGGAUUAUGGGACGUUUCGCGAGCAGCGACUCGUAUGGGAGAUUGAUGCUGACCUGAGUAGCAAUUUCUGGUAUACACUAAAUAAAGCACAAAGGAGCUCCGGCCAUUCCCA